UCAUAUUUUUGGAUCGGUGACUUAAACUACCGUUUAGACGGACCGGAAGUGUCUCAGGAGUACGUUAGGAAGGAUCGCGACUACAAUCAGCUGUACCAGCAUGACCAGCUGUACGUGGAAAAGCGCCGAAAUCGCAUCUUUCGAGACUAUAAGGAGGGCAAGAUUCUUUUCCCACCCACCUACAAAUAACCCGGCACGGAUGAGUGGGACAGCAGCGAAAAGAGCCGUACGCCUGCCUGGUGCGAUCGCAUCCUAUGGAAGGGCCAGCGGAUAGAGAUGUUGCGGUACAAUAGUGUCAUGCAGCUGCGCAAAAGACACAAACCGGUUUAUGCAGACUUUAAGGUCGAUGCCCAAGCAAAAGACCAAGCAAAACUGAAGAAAGUAAGCGAAGAAGUGCUGAAAACUGUCGACAAGUACGAAAACGACAAUCAACCACAGAUUACGGUGGAACAGACCGAUCUCGACUUUGGCUUAAUUCGGUUCAAUGAAAAGUACUCCCGCGAGCUGCUGGUAGCGAACAACUGCCAUCUGCCGGUACGUUUCCGGUUCGCCUGCAAGGACGAUCGGAACAGCCAGGUGUGCGAGGAUUUCAUUCACAUUAGCCACAGCAAAGGCGAACUGCUGAGAAACAGUCUGAGCAUUCGGAUCGACAUACUGGUUAAUGCACCGGCCGCCUCCAAGAUGCUGCGCAAGCUAAAAGACGCGCAGGCCGGCUCGAAGGUACCGCUCGAUAUACUGGUGCUGCACGUGGAAAACGGGCGUGAUAUAUUUAUUACCAUUUUCGGCGAGUACAAGCCGAGCUGCUUCGGGGUGUCGCUCGAUACGCUAAUGAAGCUGAACAAGCCGGUAUCGAUGUACGCGAUCCACGAGCUGGUUUCGUUAGAUCACGAGGAAAAGCUGAUCGAUCUGGUCGGGGACGAUGUGGGGGGAAGUAAUCUUCGCUUUCCGCGCGAAAUCUGGCGCCUGGUGGACAAUCUGCGCAAGAUGGGACUGCAGACGCCUCAGCUGUUCACGCUGGACCGGAAGCUGGGACAGUCGGAUGCGGCUAACCUGCUCGAAAUACGCGACUGGCUGGACAGCUGGUCGACGGAUGAUUUCCCCGGUACACCACACACAACGGCCGAAGCGCUACUGAUGAUGCUGGAAGCCCUUCCCGAGCCGGUUGUGACGAUCAACGAACGGGAGUGUAUCAUAGCGUCCGAUAAUUUCGAACGCUGCAAGGAGCUGCUGCGCACCAAACUUAAAUCCGUCAAUCGGAUCCUUUUUCUGUACAUUUGUCUCUUUUUGCAGGAUUUCUGGAAUGCGAACAAGUCAAUCCGGAUCGAUACGAUUGCGGGUCUUUUCGGUCGAAUACUGAUUCGUAGCCAGUUGCCGGCGAAGCCGGAAUUUAGCAACAGUAUUUACGCCUAUUCCGAAGAGCGAGACCAGCGGCGACGGUUCAUGAUGACGCUGCUCAACAACAAUGUGCGUGAGUUUGCUCGCCAGGAAAUGAAUACACUCUGAAACGGUGGAAUUCUGGAAUUACCCUCAAUGGGAGCGUGCAAGCGCGCCAACCUAAUCGUCGAGAUAAAAGUGUAUAGGCGCUUGGCGGUUUGUUUGCGGGUGAUGUUAGGUACCACGGUUUGAAGUAGUAGCUUACACUCGACCAUAAGUUUCGUGUUUGUGUUAAAUUCAAUCUAAUCUCACCAUAACACACCUUACUACUACACUCGUCCGUUUUGGAGAGCAUUUGUGUACUCAUAUUGAAGUUGAAACCCAGCCCGUGUUGUAAACGUUAUGUGUAAAGAAGCAACUGCAAAAAAUACACAAAAUACAAUGUGAAAUGCUAUA